GUGUGUCACGCCAACAAUCGAUAGCAAAAGUGUUAGCUGUCUCUGUGGUAGUCGAUACACGUAUUAUCAUUCAAUUAACAUUAAAAUAGUGAAAAAAUGUGGUCCGACACCAUAUUAAUAGUGUUUAUAUCAGUUUGUACCGCCUUUUUGGGCGAAGGGCUCACCUGGGUCUUGGUGUACCGCACUGAAAAAUAUCAGAAGCUGAAGACCGAAGUGGAAAAGCAGAGCAAGAAAUUGGAGCGCCGCAAGGAAAUCCACGGCGAUUCGCUGGACAAGGCGGUGAAAAAGAAGAUCGAGCGCGAUGAGGAGAAGCUGAAGAACAACAACCGCGACCUGUCGCUGGUAAAGAUGAAGUCGAUGUUUGCCACCGGCUUUGCUUUCACCGCUCUGCUGAGCAUGUUCAAUAGCAUAUUCGAUGGGCGCGUUGUGGCCCAAUUGCCCUUUACCCCCAUUUCCUGGAUCCAGGGCCUGAGCCAUCGCAAUCUGGCCGGCGAAGACUACACAGACUGCUCGUUCAUCUUCCUGUACAUUUUGUGCACCAUGUCCAUUCGCCAGAACAUACAGAAAAUGCUGGGCUUUGCCCCCUCCCGUGCCGCCAGCAAACAAGGCGGUGGUCUCUUUGGUGCGCCGCCAGGACAAUUCAAAUAGUAAAUUGAAACUUUAAUCAUGUACAAUACAUUGUACUAUCAACAGACAC